AAGGGAAGCGAAAAGCGGUGGGCUCCUCACAGUCCUGACCUCAACCCGCUGGACUACUGGUUUUGGGGAGCCUGCAAGGACAGCGUCUAUCGCAACAAGCCGGUAGCCUGGAGGAGCUGCGUGUCAGCGUCGAUCAUGAUGGCGGGCACGGCGUGGCGCCGGGCGGCCACGCUGGUAUUGUCGGGCCGGGGUGCUGGUGACGAGCUGGCCCUGCUCAUGGUGCGCCGCAGCGGCAAGAGCCGGCACCUACCCGACGUGGAGGUCUUUCCUGGUGGUAUAUUAGACGACAGCGACUUCAGCGCCGCCUGGCGGCCGCUGCUGACGGCGCUGCCGCUGGAGCCGCUGCUGCUCAGCGCUCCGCGGCCGGCCACCUUCGUCGAGCGGCCGCCGGUGGGCGACGAGCUGCCCGCCGAGAUCGGCUUCCGGCUGGCCGCGCUGCGAGAGACGUUCGAAGAGACGGGCGUGCUGCUGACCCGUCCGGCGGCCGGCGGCCGGCCGGCGCCGCUGCCCGUGGCAGAGGCGGAGCGGUGGCGGCCGCGCGUGCAGCGGCGGCCCGCCGAGCUGCUGCGCCUGGCGCGCGAGCUGGCCGUGGCGCCGGACGUCUGGAGCCUGCACGAGUGGAGCGCCUGGCUGACCCCGGUGGCCGUCCCGGGCCACCGUCACGACGCGGCCUUCUUCGUGGCCAGUGUGCCCGAGCGGCCGCCCUGCUGCGAGGACCAGACCGAGACUCAACACGUGGAGUGGCGGCGGCCGGCGGCGGUGCUGGCCGACCACGCCGCCGGCGCCACCACCCUGAUGCCGCCGCAGCUGUACGAGCUGAGUCGGCUGCAGCGGUUCGGCAGCUGGUCGGCGCUGGAGCGGUUCAGCCGACGGCGGGCGCCGCUCGGCAUUCAGCGCAUGCUGCCCGUGGUGGCGCUGCUCAGCGACGGCCACCGGCUGGGACUGCUGCCCGGGGACGAGCUGUAUCCGGCCGAGGGCGAUCCGGCGGCCGACCCGCUGGCCGAACCGGCGCCGCUCCGCCUGCCGAUGACGCUGGCACAGGCGGAGACGCCGGGCGGCCGGUGGCACCGCACCGUCAUGGGACGGUCGUCGCACUGCACCGUUCGGCUGCCGUACGGCCAUGUCGGACCGGCCUACCCGGCCGACCGCGACUCGGCCGGCACGCCAGAGAAGUACUGGGUCGGUAGCUGAUGUCCUCCCAGCCAGGAUCGUUCCGGCUCUGUGUGCUGCUCCAGUGGUGCUCAGUGAUGAAAGGCGCCUGCGCUCGCUGCUGAAUAUGAGUUUGUGCCGAAUAUGAUAUGCUAUAUCAUAUUGUGUGGUGCUAUUUUAGACCUUGUAUUUGUAUAUUUGUCAAUAUUAUGUAUGCCUCAGAUGUCAUAUGCCGUGUACCAGGUACCUGUUAUGUAGACCCCGGUUUAUGCUCAGUUCGUGAAGCGUUCUAAAUGAACGCCAUGAUGGCGUUCCGCGUUGUUUGUACCCCAUGUUUUAGGACGUGCUCAGAUUCAGUGUUACUACUUAUAGGUAGUAGGUACUGGGUGAGUGCCAGCGGUGCUGAGUUUGACAUCUUUUUUCCUUUUUAACAGUAUCUUUCUUAGCCUUUUUAUCAGUAUCUUUUGCCUCAUAAGCUCGGGAGAAUCGGUUCUGAAUGCGUUGUCGAUCAUGAGGACUACACGUAAUUUUGCAACCGAACUCGAGUGGAAACAAAUGCACUUCCUAGAGCGCGUUUGUUGUAUGGUAGGAACUUGGUUGUUGUUUGGGGUCCGAGUCGUGCAAUAUAUUAGUGCGUUUUUACCUAAAAUAAAACAUGCGGAGA